AUGUUCGCUUAUUUGGAACUGUAUUUUACUACAUGGAUUGAUUCGGAAAUCACACAAUACUUAGGAUACCUACAAAAUAAUCAUAAAUAUCAAAAUUCACGAUUUGAUCGCUCAGAUGAGAAAACAGCUUAUUUCUCUGUUUUAAUUCAGAAGAAGCUUGAGCUCAUUGUUGGCGCAGCAGCCGAGUCGAUCAAGAUUGAGCUUCACGAUUCUGAAGGCAAAUUUGUGGCAUCUUUGACCGAUGGUUCCAAAACGCUGAAGGAAUUGGGUGUGAAGAAUGGAAUGCAUAUCUAUGCUGUGGAUGUAUCCGGGCAUAAUGUUGAGUUGCAAGAUGAUAGCAUGGUGGAAAAGUAUACUAUGAGCGAAGAUGCUUAUAACGAACGCGAAGAUAGCGUAAGAGCAUGGAAGAAGAAACUCUUAGCGGAACAUGGCAAAGAUAGUGAACACAAGCCUGAACAUGCUGAGGAAUUGAACGUGGAGUUGGCGAAGAAAAUCAAAAUCGGCGACCGAUGCGAGGUGCGUAUACAUGGUGGCCCACCUAAGCGCGGGGUGGUAUCGUUUAAUGGUGAAACGAAAUUCCGCCAAGGUGUUUGGAUUGGUGUCACAUACGAUGAGCCAGUGGGCAAAAAUGAUGGUUCUGUAGCUGGCGAAAGGUACGUUGUUGAAGAUCUUCUAGACUACCUUUUUUGUUAG